GCUCUCCUGGCAGGGGCCGCCGCUCCACCGCCCGCCCCGCCGCCCGCCCAGCAUCUCUUCAGCGACCCGGCUGAGAUCGAGGCCCUGCGCGGGAACCUGCUCGCUUGGUACGACAGAUGCAAGCGGGACCUUCCCUGGAGGACACUGGCGGCAACUGAGCUGGAUGCUGACAGACGGGCAUACGCAGUGUGGGUGUCUGAGAUCAUGCUCCAGCAAACGCAAGUGGUUACAGUCAUCGACUACUACAACCGCUGGAUGCAGAAGUGGCCGACGCUGCAGGCUUUGGCGCAAGCGUCGUUGGAGGAGGUGAACGAACUGUGGGCUGGACUUGGCUACUACUCAAGAGGGAAGCGUCUGCAGGAGGCAGCAAGGAAGGUGGUGUCUGAGCUGGCUGGCCGGAUGCCCAGAACAGCGGAGGACCUGCAGAAGCUGCUGCCGGGAGUGGGCCGAUACACAGCGGGAGCCAUCGCCUCCAUCUCGUACGGGCAGGCUACUGGUGUUGUGGAUGGGAAUGUGAUCCGGGUCCUGUGCCGGCUGCGGUGCAUUGGUGCUGACUCCAGCAGCCCCCUCGUUGUCGAUCGGCUCUGGGACAUGGCCAAUGCCCUGGUAGACAGGAGCCGUCCGGGGGAUUUUAACCAAGCCCUGAUGGAGCUGGGGGCAACUGUGUGUGUGCCCAAGGCCCCGCUGUGCGGGGAAUGCCCCGUGAAGCAGCACUGCCGAGCGUGGCGCAGGGUGGAGAAGGAGCUGGCCUUUGCCUCUCAGAAACUGUUUGGAAAACCCACCCCAGUGCCUGAUGUUGAGGACUGUGGUGUUGGGGGCUGUCCCCUGUGCCCCCCAGCCACAGAGCCAUGGGACAGCAGACUGGGGGUGACCAACUUCCCCCGGAAAGCAGCAAAGAAGCAGCCACGGGUGGUGAAAACGGCCACAUGUGUGCUGGAGCGGAGGGGCUGCCACGGGGCCCCAGAGUACCUCAUUGUGCAGAGACCCAAUUCAGGUCUCCUGGCUGGACUCUGGGAGUUCCCAAGUCUCCUGCUGGCUCAGGGUCUGCAGGAGGAGAAGCAGCAGGAGGCACUGGCAGAUCACCUCCAGGCCUGGAUGGGAUGGCCUGUGGCAGCCGGAGACCUGCAGCUCAUUGGGGAGGUCGUCCACAUCUUCUCUCACAUCCACCAGACAUAUGUAGUCUACUCCCUGCCCUUGGACGGGGAUGUGACCCUGGAUCCUGCCUCAUCCCCAUCCCGCUGGGUGACAGAGGAGGAGUUCCAUGCCUCAGCUGUGUCCACGGCCAUGAAGAAGGUGCUGAAAGCACGUGAGAAGCAGCGCGGGAAGGAGAGCAGCUCUGUCACGGGGUCCAAGCGGAAGCGUGGGGCAAAAUCGCAGGGAGUGGGCAGCACCAGCCCUGGGACACAGCUCUCCCUCCGCGCCUUCCUCCGGGCACCGACUGCUCUGUGACGGCACCUUCCACGUAUGGGACCACUGGACAUCUGUGCUGCAGUGAGUCCUGCCUGUGGCCUGGGGAUGGUGACCCCCGUACUGCUGCGAGCCCAGUACACAGCCCUGUAAUGCUCUCCCCACUCCUUGCCAAGUCCACUGGCUUCCCUGGCUCCCCCUUGGGAGUUGUGCCUUGGCGUGGCCACUAUGGUCCUGGAUGUGACCUGGAGCUGGGCUCGCAUUCCCUGCCUUGGCUGGCACCCUCUUGGGUUAUUCAUCCCCGUACAGCCACCGCUCCGGCACCACGGACUCAUGGCAGCAGGAGUUUCUCUCCAGCAGCAGGAAGGCUGCGGCCACAUCGCCCUGGCCCCGGCUGCCUGCCUGCACCUCAUCUGCCAGCCAGUGACUGUGGAUGCUGCUGUGCCCUUCCUGGCCUCCAAUAGCCCUUUCUAUACACUUGUUUUUAUUGAAUGUGAGCCACAGACUUUCUAAUAAUAAACCUAAAGUGGGGGGUUU